GAGCCGCCCCCGGGUCCGGCAAGCGGUGCUGCCACGCGCUCCGGGCUGCAGCCCGUGCAGGAGAGGCGGGUCUAUCUUCAGGGUUUCAUGCUGAGUCUACCAGUUCAGGUCAAUAAAAGGACUUACCAUGGCAGGUAAAGGUCGCAAAUCCAAACGCAGCAAAUCCAAAGGCUCCAGGAAGAAAACAAAGAAGCCCGUGAGCGAAGUGGAUAUCCUUAGCCCAGCUGCCAUGCUCAAUGCCUACUACAUUUCUCACAAUGCUGCUGCCUGCCUGGAGUUCCGUGGCUUUAACUGGCCUGACUCCCCCAAAAAGAAAGGGAAGAAAGGAAAGUAGUAAUCAGAUGGAUGGAAGGCAAGGGACCCAUGAUACAUCAAGCUUCACCGCGAAAAGGAGAACCCUUGUUAAGGAUUGAAAGCAAAGUGAUCACUCAGGUUUUUAACUCUUAUGGUUUGCCAUAAUCACUGUGAAGGCCAGUACUAAGACACUCUUGUUAUGAUUCGAGCAUAAGG